AUGGCCGAAAUGAAGUUAGGAAUUAGAAGACAGAAAACUAUUAAAGAAACGACUAGUGGGAAUUGUCAGGAUAGUUUAGUUCCUGAUAGUUUGAACAAAAGCUUGGAGGAAAAAGACGUUAUUGUAGAAAAUGAGGAGAUGGUUUUGAAAGAAUUUUCAAAAGAAUUGCAGUCUAACGUAGAAAAUUCUUAUGAAAAGAAAGUAUCAAUUGACACCGAUUCACAGGAUUAUAUUUUCAUUAAAAGAGACUUAAUGUUUGAUGCCGAUAGCUUGACAGAACACCAGAAAGAGUCUUUGAAACAAAGGAAAGAAGAUAUUGCAGCAUUGUAUAAUGAUUUGUCACAAUCUUCGUCACAAGAUACUCAAAAUUUACAAGAAUGGGUUGAUAAAAAAAGUAAAAGUUUAGGAGAAGCAGAGAAGGAUCAUAACAAGAAAGGUAAUAUUUCAAUAAGAAAUAUCUUGGAUGAUGAUGCAAAUAAAGAAAACAAAAUUGAGAUGAAGGAAUUAGAAGCAGUUAAAUCCGUACAAAAAGCAAAAGAUAAUGCUCACAGUAAUGAAAAUUUGCUUAUAGAAGACCAAAUGAUGACAGCGAAAAAUACUUGUGACAGUACAGAACAAAAUACUUCAGCAGAUCUUAUGUCGAGAGAUUUAGAUGCUAAUACACAAGAGAAGUCUUUGGAAAAUAAAAAUGACAAAAGUCUAUCUCCAUCUAUGUUAGAUAGUAAUAGUGAAAGCGAAACAACUGAUGCGCGUCAACGAGGGGAAGUUCUUUUAACGGACAUAACUAAUGAUAGCGAUAGGUGUAAAUCUGUAGAAAAUGAUAAUGCGGUAACAAGUGUAAUAGCAAUUGAUGAAGCGAAUUUAAGCCAACGUACUAGGAAUAAAAUAUCUCGUUUACAUACAAAUAUAGUAUUUGAUAGUUCCUUAUCACGUAGUCAGCGAUCGAAGAAUUGUGAUGAUAAAAAGCAACCAGAAGAAAACAAAGGUGGUAAUAUUGCAAAGAGAGAAACGAAACAUAGAGGCAGAUCUAUCAGAAAAGUCGAAGAAAAUACAAAAGAGGAAACUGCAGAGACAGAAGUCAAUUCUAAAGGUAGAAGCCACAUUCAAAAUGAUAUGGAAGAUGAUACUAGAGGUAACUCGAAGCGUAGUAAAUACGACGAUUUAUUAAGUACGGUAUAUCUGGUAUACGACACACUUGCACAUGUUAAAUUAAUAAAUAAGUAUAAAAAUCAGAAGAAAAAAAGCCCUACUCAGCACAAGGACGUGCAGCUCAUAUGGGCGCAUGAUCCAAAAUUAGAUAGUAAAAUAAAAGGUUUUGUUACUGAAAAAUUAAAGAGAUUUCAUGACAACAAAGGCAUUGCCAUUGCAAUGUAUCAAUGUGCACUAAAAAUGCAAGCAAUGUGGCGAUUACUUUUAGAACGCCGCAAGCACCACGAAAACACAAUCGAGACCAAACAAGAUCAAGUUCAAAAGUGA